GGUGUUGUUUGAUGUAUUCAGAGUGAGUCUGAGUCUGAAGAACUGACUCCAGACCAGCACUUUCGAUGCCGUACUUCCAUCACGUUUUAUAAAGUUGGACCCGCUUCCUCGUUGGAGCAGCGGGGCUGUCAAGGUCCAAACAUGGCUCUCAGUGUUCUGUAUCACAGCCUGGUCUGCAGGUCUUUCCACAGUAAGGUUCAGAUAUUACAGAGAUGUUCUCAGGCGGUCAGACUCUCACACAGUGGUACAUGGAGGGAAACCGGCCUGACGCACAGACUGUCCCCGCAGAGACUUCACUGCUGCACGGGGAGUGUGAGUUUCUGGCACACCUGCAGACUGAGUCAACAUCUGUAUCGCCACUCCACAAGAUCAGUCUCCUCGAUACCACCUCCGCCUUCAUCGCAGGAUAAGAAGAAGACUGGGCCUGUAACGUGGAAAUCUUUAGCCAUCACAUUUGUGAUCGGAGGCUCUCUGCUCGGAGGGAUGAAGUAUUUCAAGAAAGAAAAGGAAGAACUGAUUGAAAAAGAAAGAACGAAAUCGAUCGGCAAACCGGCGCUGGGCGGUCCGUUCUCGCUCGUCGAUCACAACAACAAACCGGCGAAGAGCGAGGACUUUUUCGGUCAGUGGGUCCUGAUCUACUUCGGGUUCACUCACUGCCCCGACAUCUGCCCUGACGAGAUCGAGAAAAUGAUCGAGGUGGUCGAUGAAAUAGAUAAAAUAAAUUCUCUUCCAAACCUGACGCCGAUCCUCAUCACCAUCGAUCCUGACAGAGACACACCUGAGGCUAUGAAUGCAUACGUGAAAGAUUUUUCACCAAAGCUAAUUGGCCUGACGGGAACAACACCUCAGGUGGAGCAGGUCUCCAGAGCCUACAGAGUCUAUUACAGCCAGGGACCAAAGGAUGAAGACAACGACUACAUCGUCGAUCACACCAUCAUCAUGUACCUGGUGGGACCCGACGGAGAGUUCUUGGAGUAUUUUGGACAGAACAAAAAAAGUGUGGAGAUCAUCAACUCGAUAGCAUCCUACAUGAGGAAGUUCAAGAAGGCCAAGUGAGCGUUCGCGGCUCGCUAAGAGCUAAUCAUGGACCGACUGACUCAUCCUGUCCUCCCUCGGGUGUUUGAUUGGGGUCACUACUACAAUCACUACCUGUAUUUAUUUCCAAGGUGUCUGCAGUGACGUUCUUUUCCCAUGAGUGUUGUAAAAGAAGAAGAAAGAUGAUUAUUCUCCAUUAUUACCCAUAAUGCAUUUCACACCCUAGAACUGACAAACAAAUGACACACAUCAAUCAGCUCCUCUGAGUUCACCAUCUUUGAUUUCUGAUUGAAGGAGACACCUGAAGAUAAAAGUUGUAAAUUAAGUGAUUUUGUGAUUAAAAAAUAAAAAAUAAAAUUCCAACUUUUCUUUUUAAA